AUGACAACCCAAGUCCUCGGACGACUUUCCAAGUCCAGCCGGCUCGUCUACCGAGCUGCAGAGAACUCCGAAGAGGACAUUGCAUUCUUGCACGACCAAAUUAUCAACGAUGAGACUAUUCAAACAAUGAGCACUGGGCGUCUUCCACGCCCGUCUCACAAGAAGUCUGCAGAGGAGUUCAUCAAAAGUAUCCAAGAAUCCCUGCUAGGAGUGAUUAUAUGUCUUCCUCAAAAUUCCCCCGACUCAGAGACGGAAUGCUCGACUGAGACUCAAACCUUGAACCCACCUCAAAAUUCCAAGCCAGUCCCAAUUGGCCAUAUCAGCCUCUUCAGCUUGACUGGAUCGAGUUACUCCCAUCAUCGCAAUGCAAUGAUAGGAAUUUCACUUGUGGACGGGUAUCGGGGAAAAGGAUACGGCGGAGAAGCUAUUAAUUGGGCACUGGACUGGGGAUUUCAGCAUGCUGGACUGCAUAGAAUCACCAUAGGUGGAUUUUCGUUCAACCAUAAUGCGUUGAAACUUUACAGGAAGCUUGGAUUUGUGGAUGAAGGUCGCGAACGUGAGGCGCUAUACCAUCGCCGGGCUUGGCAUGAUAUUGUCAAUUUGUCUAUGCUGGAGCAUGAGUGGGAGGUGUUGAGAGGGAUAGUUCCGGCUCAACCGGAUCGCACUCCUUCUCUCCCUGAAGCGUCCGAUCAAUGA